CUGAUUGUCAUUAACAUUUAUCAGUCGUUAUUUCAAUACACAUAUACAAAUUUUUUUAUUAUUUUUUUUUUCCUCAUAAAAAUAUAUUAUUUAUCUACUCUGUGUGUUUAUAAGGUUUUUUUUUUUUAUUUUUGUUUGUCUGUGUGUCUCAGCCCAUUUUUUUUUUAUCAUUUUAAUCAUUUCAUCAUCAACAACAUCAUCACCUAAUUUGACAACCAUUAUUACCCCAAUUUUUGCAUAUAUUUAUCAACAAUAAUAAAUAAACAAACAAAUAAUUAAAUAACAAUAUAAUCAGUGCAAAAAAUUAAUACAAACAAUAAAAAAAUAAACUAAAAAAAAAAAUACACUUUGGAGUAAUUUGAUUAGUUGUUUUUCUUUUUUUUAAAUUUAUUAUUAUAUUGAUAACUGACGUUUAUAGCUUAGUAUAUUUUUUAAUAUAUAUUUUCAAGUGUUAAAACAAUAAAUAAUAAUCUUAAUAAUAAUAAUAAAUCAUCAUCAAUGGAAGGAACAUUAAGUAAAUGGACAAAUGUUGUUAAAGGAUGGCAAUAUCGUUGGUUUGUUCUUGAUGAUAAUGCAGGAUUACUUUCCUAUUACACGAGUAAAGAAAAAAUGAUGAGAGGUGCACGUCGAGGUUGUGUUAGAUUAAAAGGUGCUGUUAUUGGUAUUGAUGGUGAGGAUGAUAGUACAUUUACAAUAACAUCAUCAUCAAUUGAUGAUCCAAAAGUAUUUCAUUUUCAAACAAGAAAUUGUGAUGAACGUGAAAUAUGGGUUCGUGCACUUGAAGAUACUAUUUCUCGUCAUUCUCAUGCGCGUUGGGAUCCAAAAAAACGACCACCAAAAAAAGAUUUUGAUAAAAAAGUUGCUGAAGCUGAUGCAUAUUUACAACUUUUAAUUGAUCAAAUUAAAUUAAUUGAACAAAAACAAGCUAAUUUAAAUGAUGAGAAAGAUGAAAAGAAACAAAAAUAUAUAAAUAUAUUAAAUCAAGCAAAUGCAGUUUUAAAUUCUGUUAAACAUACAAUUGUUCAAUUACAAAUAGCUAAAAAUACUGCUAUACCUGUUAAUGGAAUUUAUCGAGGUCCAACUGAAACUUCAAUAAAUACUAGUAGCAAUCAAUCACUCUCAUCACUUGCUACUGUUAAACUUCAAGAAUCAACAGUACAAAGUGAUAUUGAAGUUGGAUCUGAAUGUCUUGAACCACGAGUACUAACUCUACCCAAAGAUUUACCAGUACCUGAAUUUUCAUAUUCAUCAUCAGAUGAUGAUGAUGAUUUUUAUGAUGCUGCUGAUGAUAUAUAUACAUCACCUUUAGUUUCUCAAAAUCAUACAUCAAUUGAUCGUGAAAUCAAGAAGAAUCAAAACAAUCAUAAAAAUGAAUCAUCUGUUGACAUUGAUAACAGAGAUAAUUCUAGAAUUCAAACAAAAGCACCAAUUAAAAUUGAUGGAUCACUUGAUUACGAUGCAUUAUACGAGGAAGAAAGUGAGCCAGAAAUGGAUUCAAUGGAAAGUCAUGGUUCAGUUGUAACACAUUUAAUAUCACAAGUUAAAAUUGGAAUGGAUUUAACAAAAGUUGCAUUACCAACUCAUAUACUUGAAAGACGUUCAUUACUAGAAAUGUAUGCUGAUUAUUUUGCACAUCCAAAACACUUUGUUAGUAUUGCUGAUAUGAAAACACCAAAAGAACGUAUGAUACAAGUUAUGAAAUGGUAUUUAUGUAGUUUUCAUGCUGGUAGAAAAUCAAGUGUUGCUAAAAAACCAUAUAAUCCAAUACUGGGUGAAAUAUUUCGUUGUCAUUGGGAAUUAAAUGGUACAACAAAUACAGAUUCACCAGCAAAAACAACAACAACAAUUGGUAAAAAUGGACCAGUACCAUGGUGUCGUGAUAAUCAACUUUCAUUUAUUGCUGAACAAGUAUCACAUCAUCCACCUGUUAGUGCAUUUUAUGCUGAGCAUUGUUCUAAAAAAAUAAGUUUUAAUGCUCAUAUUUGGACAAAAAGUAAAUUUCUUGGACUAAGUAUUGGUGUACAUAAUAUUGGUAAAGGAUGGGUUAAUGUAUUGGAAUAUGGUGAAGAAUAUGUAUUAACAUUUCCAAAUGGUUAUUGUAGAUCAAUAUUAACUGUUCCAUGGAUUGAACUUGGUGGUACUGGUACAAUAACAUGUGCACAAACUGGCUAUCAAGCAACUGUUGAAUUUUUAACAAAACCAUUUUAUGGUGGUAAAAAAAAUCGUAUUAAUUGUCAAAUUAAUCAACCAGGUGAUAAAAAACCAUUUUUAAUAAUAACUGGUGAAUGGAGUGGUAUUAUGGAAGCUAAAUAUAAUGAUGGUAGAACUGAAUUAUUUGCUGAUGUAACACAAAUGCCAGCUGAUAGAAAACUUGUUAAACCAGUAUGUGAACAAGAAGAAUUUGAAUCAAGAAAAGUAUGGCGUGAUGUUACUGUUGGUUUAAAAAUUAAUGAUAUGGAAAAAGCAACUGAAGCCAAGUGUCUUAUUGAACAAAAACAACGUGAUGAAGCUAGACUAUUAAAAGAAAAUAAUCAACAAUGGCAAACAAAAUUCUUUAAAGAAACCAAAGAUGCAAGUUGGGUGUACACAUCACCACUGGCUGAAAGAUUACGAUCAACUUCUAAUUUAGAAAAUUGAUUUUAAAUUUUAUAAAAUAAUUGUAUUAAAGAAAAUAAAGUAAAAUAAUAAUCAGGGCCUAUUAUCAAGGUGCUGUUAAAUUUUUACAAAAUAUUUUAAAGAAAAAUUAUAUAUAUAAAAUGUGAACAAAUGUGUGAGCAAGAGAAAUAAAAAAAAAAAAAACUAGCAAAUAAUAAUUAAUCAUAGAAAAUUAUAAUUUUAAUAAUCAUUGGAGAUGGGUCUGCAACAAAUUGUUAUAUUAUAAAUUAGUUUAGUAAUAAUAAUUCAGGAAAAAAAGAGUAAUAAUUAUAAUAAUUAAAUAAAAAAACAAGAUAUAUUAACAAAAAAAAA